GGCAUUUAUGACCUCUUCCAUCAAGGUCACGCCAGACAGCUAAUGCAAGCAAAGAACAUUUUUCCGAAUGUUUACUUAAUUGUGGGUGUGUGCAACGAUGAACUAACACACCGCAUGAAGGGGCGUACCGUCAUGAAUGAUCAAGAACGUUACGAGGCUUUACGUCACUGCCGUUAUGUGGAUGAAAUUGUACCGGAUGCACCUUGGACUCUAUCGGACGAAUUUAUUGAAUCGAAUAAAAUUGAUUUUGUUGCACACGAUGACAUUCCAUACCUUGGUAAUGGUGUGGAGGAUAUUUACGCACCACUGAAGGCCAAAGGCAUGUUUGUGGCCACUGAACGUACGGAAGGCGUUUCCACAUCGGAUAUUGUGGCACGCAUCGUCAAGGACUACGAUUUAUAUGUACGCAGGAAUUUGGCGCGUGGCUAUUCGGCCAAAGAUUUGAAUGUAUCAUUCCUUUCGGAGAAGAAGUUUAGAUUUCAAAAUAAAAUGGAUGAACUUAAGGUUCGCGGUCGUCGCGAAUUGACCAAAGUGAAGGAUGAUAUCAUUACAAAAUGGGAGGAAGCAUCACGUGAUUUUAUCGAUGCUUUCCUUUUACUUUUUGGACGCGAACGUCUCAAUCAUUUGUGGAACGAAUCGAAGGGUAAAUUAAUACAAGCGCUUAGUCCACCUGGCAGUCCCAGUGGUUCAGUGAAUGGCGAUGACGAAGAUGUUGAUGAUGGUGAUUUCGAGGAGGAUACUGAUUUCGCAACUGUACGCAUACCGGCCAAUAUUGCGCGGAGUCGUGCACUUGAUAGUCCUACGGUACGCCGUAGCAGCGGCCGUGGAACAACUUCGAAUUUUGCCGCCAGGGCAGCCAGGUUAGUCGAACAAGAAGAAAAUGACGGUGAUGAUGAUGAGGAUGGCGGCGAAUAUGAGCAUAGAAGUAAUUAGAGCAAAUUAUGUAAUAUGAUACCCAAAUAUUUCGUAGGUAAUAUUAUUAUUAUUGUAACGCAAAUGCGCUAAAGGGAAGAGAAAAAAAGGAGCUAAAUUAAAACGAAACACAAUUAUUUGCAGACAUUUGUGUGUCUAUGAGAACUUUUCGUCAAUGAUGAAGCAUAAAUUUGUUAAAACACGAAUUAUACAUACAAACAUAAAUCAGCUGAGUUGUGCUAGUGAAAGUAUCACAUUGACUAUGGGUUAUCCGAGUCGAUUCCGGAUCACAAAAAAAAAAAAAAAAUAGAAUUAGACAUCAAAUGCGCUGUGGUCGGGUGUGCACAUCAUAUUUUAAUCAGCUGUACUUGUAAAUGAUUCGACGAUAAACCGCCAACCAAUUUCAGAACGAGAAACAGUAGCAACAAGAAAUGCCACAAAAUACGAUGCUAUUUAUUCUACAAUUUCUAAGUAGUUUAGUCUAUGAUCACUCCUUAGGUUAGUUUUCAUCCAUUUAAAUAUACAUACUUAUUAGUACAUGAAUACUUAUUAAUUUACAGUUUAUUUAUGCAUGCGUAUAUACUCGUACACGAAUGGUCAACGAAAUAUAUAAGGGCAUAUUAGUGAUUUAGUAAAGAAUUUCGGGAUAUAUUUUUUUUCACGUAUUCCAAAAAAAGUUUAUAAAAUGAGUCUGGAAAAAUUAUGUUUUUUUUUUGUGUUUAAGGAAUGAAUAUAAGGAUUGAUUGACUCGGUUCUUGCAAACUGCUUUUCACCCUUUUUUUAUUUAAUUA